UCAAGUCUUGGAGAAAUGGUUUCUGGCACAUUUCGAGCCACGCCCACUUCCACGGACAGAACAUGUUCCCCCAUAUGAUGUAGUACCAUCAAUGAGACCCGUUGUCUUGGUGGGUCCAUCCCUGAAAGGCUAUGAGGUGACAGACAUGAUGCAGAAAGCUCUCUUUGACUUCCUGAAGCACAGGUUUGAUGGGAGGAUAUCAAUAACUAGAGUGACAGCUGACAUUUCUCUUGCUAAGAGGUCUGUUCUAAAUAAUCCAAGCAAGAGGGCAAUAAUUGAGCGGUCAAAUACAAGAUCCAGCUUAGCUGAAGUACAGAGCGAAAUCGAAAGAAUCUUUGAGCUGGCAAGGUCCUUACAACUGGUUGUCCUAGAUGCAGACACUAUCAAUCACCCUGCACAACUUAUCAAGACAUCUUUAGCACCAAUUAUUGUCCACGUUAAAGUGUCUUCUCCAAAGGUUUUGCAGCGACUGAUUAAAUCUAGAGGAAAGUCACAAAGUAAACACUUGAAUGUUCAGUUGGUGGCAGCUGAUAAACUUGCACAAUGCCCACCAGAAAUGUUUGAUGUAAUUUUGGAUGAAAAUCAGCUUGAAGAUGCUUGCGAACACUUGGCAGAAUAUCUUGAAGCAUACUGGCGUGCUACUCACACCACCAGUAGCACACCCAUGACUCCUCUCCUUGGGCGAAAUUUAGGAUCCACUGCACUUUCACCAUAUCCCGCUGCGAUCUCUGGAUUACAGAGCCAGCGUAUGAGGCACAGCAGCCAUUCUACAGAGAACUCUCCAAUUGAACGACGAAGUCUAAUGACCUCAGAUGAAAAUUAUCACAAUGAAAGGGCACGGAAGAGCAGGAACCGCUUGUCUUCCAGUUCCCAACACAGCCGAGAUCAUUAUCCUCUAGUGGAAGAAGAAUACUCUGACUCAUACCAGGACACUUACAAACCCCAUAGGAACCGAGGAUCCCCUGGAGGAUAUAGCCAUGAUUCACGACAUAGGCUUUGA